CAGCAUUAAGUCAUCUUAAGAACACGGCGGGAUUCUGAACCCAUAUAUGUAGCUGUAUUGUUAAUGUUUCCGACAGGACUAGAAUGCAGCACUCGGCACCGCAUUUAGUUUUGCAUAUGUUUGUUCUACUUUUGUCGGGGCGGAAAGCUGGAAAGUUCGGACAGUUUCUAUGCCGUCGUUCAACAAGGUAGGCAAGUUGCUUUUAACGGCCAGGCAGAAUAUGCCUUCUGGGAAAACUGUAACAUAUGGUUCAGGCAGCUUCUGGAUGCAGUUUCUUAGGCAUCUGGUAGUACUUUUCUCUCUGUGUAGUUUAAUAUCUGGAUACUCUACAAGAGACAGAGUACAUGAAUUGAUGUCCAGAUAUCCUCUUAUUGAUGGUCAUAACGACCUAGCACUCCAGCUGAGGAUACUUCACAACAAUCGGCUGAGCCAAAUUGACCUUCACAAUGUCAGCAAAGUGGCCACUGACAUCACACGUCUCAAAGCAGGCUAUGUUCAGGCACAGAUGUUUGCUGUCUAUGUGAUGUGUGGGGCCCAGGAUAAGGAUGCUGUGAGACUGACUCUGGAACAAAUAGAUGUGGUCAGACGCAUGUGCACUGAGUACCAGGAAUUUGAGCUAGUCACAUCUGCCCAGGAACUGCAGAAUUCAGAGAUGAGGCAUAAGAUAGCCUGCCUAAUAAGUAUUGAGGGGGGUCACUCUAUUGACAGCAGCCUGCCAGCAUUGCGAAUGUUUUACCAGCUUGGGGUCCGCUCCAUGGCCCUAACACAUACCUGCAAUACACCCUGGGCUGAAUCAUCAUCAAAACUUUAUAAUGUCUAUCAAAGACAGAACAACAGCCUAACACACUUUGGAAAGGCUGUGGUGGAGGAGAUGAACAGACUGGGAAUGAUAGUUGACCUCUCCCACACGUCUUGGGACACAUCCCGGGCCGUGUUGAAACAUUCCAAGGCUCCUGUUAUUUUUAGCCAUUCAUCUUCCUACUCUAUCUGUAACCACAGCCGCAAUGUACCUGACUGGCUGCUGCAAGAGCUGAAACAGAACCGAGGAUUAAUCAUGGUGAAUCUCCACAGCAAAUUCAUUUCCUGCAGGGAUGAAGCCAAUGUCUCUCGUGUGGCCGACCAUUUUGAUCACAUUAAGAAGGUGAUUGGAGCUGAGUCUAUUGGAAUUGGAGGGGACUUUGAAGGUGCUGUGAGGUUUCCCAAAGGGUUAGAGGAUGUGUCCAAGUAUCCCACCCUAAUCCAGGAACUCCUACAGAGAAACUGGACUGAGAUUGAGUUGGCUGGUGUCCUACGAGGGAACUUCCUGCAAGUGCUCAAGGAAGUGGAGAGGGUCCGUGAACAGUUGAGUUUGGACCAGCCCAGUGAGGUCCAUAUCCCCCUAGAGGAGGUGCAGAACCCCUGCAGGCUGGUCCUUAGGCCUCCUGACCCAAGAUUGCUGUCCUCGACGCAGAGUCCCUCCUCCGUAGCCCAACAUGGACCAGAAGGUCUGCUAAUUCUGGCCAUAGUUCUGAUGCUUUCCAGUCUACUUUAUGGCUGAAUUAAUAUUAGCUACCUUUUUUAAAGUGCAUUAUUUUUAACAUAAAUAAGGA